AUGGAUCUUUUGGGAGGAAGAUUGGGAAGAACAGGAUGUAGUAGACUAUGUACAACAGUUACAAUCAGAUUAAAAAAAAAAGGAUCAAAUGAUUAUUUCAGAAACACAGCAGUUUAUGCUAGGUGUUCUGCACUGGAAAGAUUGGAAUUAUGGGAGCAACUGGAAGAGAUAGCAGAAAACUUUACCAUACCAUGGCUGGUUGGAGGAAAUUUUAACACAAUCAUGGAUGAAGCUGAGAAAUUGGGAGGCUUACUUGUGACACAAACGGAAAUAGUAGAUUUUGUGCAAUGUACAAAUGCUUGUGCAUUAAAUGAAAUCAAAUUCAAGGGCAGUUCAUACACAUGGUGGAAUGGCAGAAUUGAGGAAGAGAGUAUUUUCAAAAGUAUUGAUAGGGUAUUUGGUAACAAUGAACUGAUGAGAUUAAAACCUAACAGUGAGUACAAUGAAUUUAAAAAGGUUGUGAAAGAUAGCUGGAAUGGAGAAGAGAUUAAUGGGAAUCCUUUCACAGUGAUUCAUAGUAAGAUGAAGAGAAUUAAGUCUGUCUUAACACAGUGGAGUAGAAGAACCUUUGGGCAUAUUUUUCAGAGAAUUGCCACUUUAGAAGACACCAUUAAAGUUAUGGAAAUACAAAUGGAGAUUACACCAACAGCAGAAAACAGAGCUUUACUUCAUAAGGCAUAA